AUGGCUGGAUUACCUCAGUUUAGUGAAGAACAAUUGAAGUUAGUACGAGACAUAGAAAUAGAAAUGAUGACUGAUAUGUUUCAUCGUAUGACAGCAGCAUGUCAUAGAAAAUGUAUUCCACCUAAGUAUACUAGUUCAGAAUUAAGUAAAGGUGAAUCUGUAUGUCUUGAUCGUUGUAUUGCUAAAUACUUGGAUGUACAAGAACGUAUUGGAAAAAAAUUACAACAAAUUUCUUUGCAAGAAGGCAAAAUUGUAGAGCAACCAAAAUUAAGUUAAACAAAAUAAAAUAGUUUAUUAAGAGAGA